UGUAUCUGCUGCUGGCUCUGAGUGUUGAGUACUACUAAUGGGCGUUUCUAAUAAGAAAAUAAAAAUUCAUCUUUUUUUUGUACACACAGAAAAUAUUUUCCAACUUAAUUAAAAUCAAUUAAGAAGAAAAUCUUAAUUGCAAACCUUGUGAACUAUAUAUUCUGUGAUCUCUAAUUCAGUGGGUUUACCACAAAAACCGAGAAGAGAAAAAUAAAAAGAGUUGAAAAAGAGCCCACCAAAGCAUUUUGUCUUCUUUGAAAAAAUCGAAUAUAAAAAAGACGAACAAAAAAAAAAAACAAAAUAUCAAAAGUUCUAUUGAAUAUUUGUGGUGGUUGGGUGGUCUAUUAUAAACCAACUAAAUAAACUGCACCCAAAAAGUGCUACAAAUUUCCAAUUGAAAAUCCUUGAAAAACUUUUUACCACCAAAAUUUUCGACGAACCUCAAAACACUAGCAACAACGACAAUAUGCCACCACUUAAGACAUACUCACUACACAAGGAAUUUUGUCGUAAUUCCGAUGGUGGCGGGGGCGGAGGAGGUGGCGGCAAUUUCCUUAAUGGAGAUCCCAAUUCCAAUACAGAAUCUUCGAGACGUCCACCUCCGUAUUCGAAUGCCCAAUUUCCAUUCAAGGUUUUGGCUAAUUUGAAUAAACUCCGUGAACAAUCACGAUUCUGUGAUGUGGAGAUUAUUGCUGGCGGGACGACAUUUAAUGCCCAUCGAGCUGUGCUCAGUUCGGCAAGUGCAUAUUUCGAGGCAAUGUUUCGUCCGGAAUUGGGUUUGAAUGAAGGCAAACAGAAGUCAGUUAUACUCCAUACAAUCGAUGGAGAUAUUUUGCAUAUUUUGUUAGAUUUUAUUUAUACUGGACGAUGUGAAAUUAUUCAGACAAAUGUCCAAGAGCUACUGGCCGCAGCUGAUAUGCUUCAAUUACCCGAAGUUGUUGAGGGUUGUUGUGAGUUUCUUUGUCGCGAGCUACAUUCGACAAAUGCAUUGGGUAUAUUGCGCUUUGCUGAGGCACAUAAUUGUGUAUCGUUGGCCAAAAGUGCAUUGAACUAUGUGCAUUCGAAUUUUCCAGCAAUUUCCGUUGAAGAUGAAUUCCUCGAUACACCGCAAACUCUGCUAUCUCAGCUUCUAACUUCUGAAAUGCUACGUGUCGACAGUGAAUCCCAAGUGUUCCAAGCUGCCCUACGUUGGAUUAAACAUGAUGUCACUCAACGUCGAUGUUAUGUCUUCGAUAUACUCUCCCAUGUCCGUUUGGCAUUGGUGCCAGUGAAAGUUAUCGAUCAAGCCCUCAAAGAUUGUCGUGACAUGUCAAUGAAGGUCGCAUUGCGUUCGAUUUGUCGUGAUAUUGCCUCCAAACGGGGGCAAUUAGUUCCACUGCGUGUUUGUCCUAGACUUCUUGCCAAAAAGAAUAUCUACAUAAUUGGCGGUUCUCGUCGAGAAACCCCACGAACAUGGAAUCCAGCUGAUUGUAUAUUCGAAACUGUUGCCAAAUUUGAUAUAUUCCGUCGUGAAUGGAGCGAAACCGCUCCAAUGGAAAUCGGUAGAAUCCUGCCCGGUGUGGCUGCCUUGAACGGCAAGAUAUAUGUGAUUGGAGGCGAACGAGGUAGCCAGAUUCUGGCCAAUGGUGAAGUAUACGAUCCUCAGAAUGACAAUUGGAGUCCCAUUGCACCGAUGAUUGUGCCUAGGUGUGAAUUCGGUCUCUGUACACUCGGACAGAAGUUACUGGCAGUGGGCGGUUGGAUUGGUGAUGAUAUUGGUGGCUCAAUGGAGUGUUAUGAUCCUGAAAGUGACACCUGGACAAUGAUGGGUGAUAUGCCAGAGGCUCGAUUUAGUAUGGGUGUGGUGAGUUUCGAAGGAUUGAUUUACAUUGUUGGAGGGUGCACUACCACUACAAGGCAUUUGCCCGAUUUAAUCAGUUAUAAUCCCGUGACCAAGGAAUGGACUCCUUUGGCUCGCAUGCAAAUGGCUAGAUGUCAAAUGGGUGUGGCGAUUUUGGAUCGUUAUCUUUAUGUUGUUGGUGGCAAUAGUAGUCAUCAAGAUGUGUUGAGUUCAGUGGAACGUUAUAGCUUCGAUGAGGAUAAAUGGGUAACGGUUAGUCCAAUGUCGGUGAGUCGAGCUAUUCCUGCUGUAGCUGCUGCUGAUGGGUUACUUUAUGUGGCUGGUGGUGAUCAGCCAUGCGAAGUGAAUUUUUAUCGCGCUCAGGUUACAAUCAGUGCCGUCGAGUGCUACGAUCCACUAUCGGAUACGUGGAAAAAUUGUCCAGAUCUUCCAACCAGUCGAUCAGAGGCUGGUGCCGUAGUUGUCUAACACAGUGUUUUCUUAUUAUAAUUUUAUUUUUAUUUAUUUGUUUUUUUUUAAAUAAUAAUUGUCAUUGGCAAAUGUGACAAAUUUUAUCAAAAACGCUUGCGGACUGAUUUUUUAUAAU